GAGCCGUAUUCCUGUUUUCCCGUAGUAAUAUUGUAACAUCAAAGUUAGCAAGAUGGAAAAUCUAAACACUCUCGUGGCUCUGAGGCAAUUGUACACAUUUUGGAAGAUAUUGUGUGUACUACCGUGGUCUAAUUUUAAAAACUUGUCGAAUAUGUGGUUAGGCAUUAUAUUUUUCAUGAACAUUACAUACAUAAUAGGGUUGAUGUUCGAUUUUAUAUUAUGUGAAAGCUGGGAACACGUAUUGCAAAAUAGCCCAUUCUAUUUUGGAGUUCCAGUGGAUACUGCGAAAUUCUUUCUUAUUUUUUUCAUGCGACAGAAACUGUGGGAACUGAAAGAUCUUUUCAAUCUGUUAGAUGAAAGCAUUACUUCAGAAGAUGAUAGAACCUUCAUGAGAAUUACAAUUAAAAAGGCGCAGCGACUAUUCAUUGCUUAUAACCUUAUUACAUGGACUAGUGCCUAUACACGGAUAGUAACUUCCAUACAAAGCCAUGGAGAAAUUCCUUUGUUACCAAUGUGGUUCCCAUUUGAAGGAAAGUUAGUGGUAUUUUUCUAUCAAUUUUCAUGUUGGCACUUUCUGGCGUUACAAAAUGGUUCUAGUGACAUGUAUGCACCAUGCUUUUUUGUAUUACUGAAUUCGCAUUUGAGGAUCCUAACUCGUCGAAUGUCUAAAGUUGGAAAUGGCUCCAAGAAAAAUGAUAAAUGUUACUUGGAUCUUGUAGCAUGCAUUGAAAGUCACCUAAUAAUUUUGAGGAUUCAUAAUAUUCUCAAAGACAUAAUAUCGAAAACAUUUCUUAUUCAAAUUGUGAUAAUAAGCAUUUCAAUCUGUGUUAACAUUCUAUCCAUCGCAACCUUAAACCUACCACAUGGAGAAAUCAUAUUUCUGCUUUCAUAUUCAUGUAUGAUCAUUCUGGAAAUAUUACCAAUUUGCUACUAUGGGGAUAAAUUCUUAGAUUUUAGUCGAAAAUUUGCAGAUGCGGCCUACGGAACUGAUUGGGUUUAUCAAAAUCAAAAUUUUCGCGUUGCUAUCCUUUUGAUGAUUCAAAAAUCUCAAAACCCGGAUCCAAUCCUCGCUGGUGGUAUUAUUCCAAUUUUACUGCCAACAUUCUUGUCUGUAAUACGCCUCGCUUAUUCAGUUUCAGCGCUAUUUAUUAACCAGUUCUACUAACUCACAUGAAACAAUAUAAAGAUUAAUCGCAAUAUUAGCGUCAUUUGCAACAAUGGUAUGCUAUUAACGUCAUCGUAGCAAAUUAGGUUGAAAAGGUAUUUGCUCUUUCAUAUUACAAGGACUAAUAAAAAGAUAAGUCGUUUAUUCUGCUAUUUACGAGUGCCCCAAUCUAUACUAUUUUGAAAGUUUAAAAACGAACUUAUUCUAGUAAAAUUAAAUUAAUUAGUGAAAGUUUCUAUACUCUAUUAGAAAAUGCAUGUACCUUAAUAUCGCACAUAGUUUUAUCAUAUCAAGAUUGCAAAAAGGGUGGACAUAAAGGCUUGAAGGAAAAUCUAUGUUUUAUUCUAUUCCAUUUAAAGAGCGAGAAAUACAUAAUUGAAAAAUUAUUUGAAGCAUACUUCCUUAUCAAACAUCCGAAUGAACCGAAAUGGAUCGCCAUAAGGGACAGACAAUAUCAAUGGACAGGUGGGAAGUAGCUAAAAUUUUUGAAAAGCAUCUGAUAUGUCCCACAGGACAUACACUUCUUAUAUAUGUAUAUGAAUAUAAAUUAUUAUAAUAAAAGUACUGUGGAGAAACCUUCACUCUCAGGAAAACAAAAGAAAGUUCAAAGAAAAGUGUUGGC